CAGUCCUGCAGGAGGGUCCACCUGUGAGAGUCCACCUUACAGGAAGUGGUACCACAGAGAUGUUUUCAGGACCAGGCAGGCCCUCAGCAGUCUGUCCCAUGCUGCUGCCACAGAACACUCAGCAAACUCUCUAUGAUGGCUUCAUCUCUGCUGGGGGAAAGGAGUAUCGACUGAGGAUUCAGCUGCCUCCAUCCAGGGAGCUGAAGAGAGCUAGGAUAGACUGUGAUUGGAGACUCCAACUUGUACUUCAAGACAAGCAGGACAUAUUCAAACAGAGACUAGAGCAGAGUCCUGACCUGACUACUUUUCUGGUGGAGUUACAGAACCUACUGGAACAGACGUCGUCCCAGCAGUCGUCUGUGGGCCCCCCUCCCCAGUACUUCAGCCAGCUGGUGCAGGAGAUAGAUCAGCUGGGCUGGGACAGGCUUGCGUACAUCGACCCAAGCUUCAGAAGCCUGCAGCUGCAGUGCAGAGACAGCCGCCAGAGGGAGCACAUUCUCACCAUCAACCUACACAACCAGUGUCCUCAGAUGACCCCGACCUGCACAGCUGACCUUCCUGCCAAGGUCAACUUCAAGUGGUCACAACAGGACAGUCUGCAGGGGGUCCUGCAGCAGUUUGAGAAGGCACUGGCCCAGCACCAGGACUUCUGGGAUACCAUGGAGGAGCUGGACAGGAGCACCUGGGUCCUGGAGCCGGAGAAACCCUCCUACAGGGACACGGUCAGGAGGAUAGCUCUGGGAAACAACGCCUCGGUGCAGAUCACUGUUGACCCUGCCCAUCCCAGGAUGCUGCCUGAGUGCAGGUUCCUAGGAGCUGAUCACGUGAUCAACCCAAUGAAACAGAGUCUGAACACCAACCUACACUACUGGGACCCAGGACAGACUCUCUUAGCAAAUCUACAGAAUGUUCUUGAAGUGGAGUUUCCCUCUCCAGCAAACACCAGCAAAGAGGACUUUAACCUGGCCUGCAGCAUAUGUUAUGCCUACCGACUUGGCGAGGAGAUUCCUGACAAGGCGUGUGACGAUCCACGAUGCAGCAGGCCAUUCCACGCCACAUGUCUUAUCGAGUGGCUGAGGGCACUGCCGUCAACUAGGAUGAGUUUUAACGUCAUCUUUGGAGAGUGCCCUUACUGUAGUAAGUCUAUCACAGUGAAGAUGACGGGGGCCAGAUAGCAGAAGGCACAGAUAUAUGCAGAAGCCGGAGUUUUUCACACCAGUCUACAUUUAGGCAAUAGCUCAAUUGGUAGAGUGCUCACUUUGUAACCAGGAGGUCGUGAGUUCAAACCCCAGCCGGGUCAUACCAAAGACUUUAAAAAAAUGGUACACACUUCUUUCUCUCCUUACUCCUUAGCACUCAGCACAUAUGAGAAAGGGUGUGGGAAGGUCUCAAAUGCACAGCACUACCAGCGGACCAGCCCCCUGCUGUAGUGCAUUGCACAACUGUGUGUCGCCCAAGGGCUACAGAAAUGGAUAUGGGCACCACCCUACGCUCUGCACAAGGGCACGGGAGACCUUUCUUUCUACAUAGGCCACACCGACUUAAUUUUAUGGAUGACAUCCGCACGCGCAUUGAUUUUUGCCUGUUCUCAAAAAAAAAAGACCAUGCCCACUGAGGCUCUGGUCUCAGGCUCUAGGCCUGAGUAGUCCAUGGUACUGAUGGUCAGCGACAAUACGGAGCCGGGUACCCAGGCUACCGAAGCUCCGUGACUCAAGAACCCAGUGCAUACAUACAGUGCCGAUUCAUACAUUC